AUGACGCAGCCGGACGACCUCGUCGAGCCACGCGAGCUCCGGAGCUGGUUCGCAGCUUCCAUGUCAGAGCUCUAUCGAAAAGAAGUUCCCUUGUACUCCUCCUUGUUGGACGUGGUGUCGAAAGUCAACCAAGACAAGCUGAAGAAUGACGCCGCCCUGAGACAGGAGCUCGAGAAUUCCGACUCCCUGGCGAGACUGGGCCUGGAACGCCAUGGAGCCAUCCGGCUAGGAUCGGACGAUGAACUGGUCGAGCUGACGGCUUUCUUGCGACUGCUGGACAUGCAUCCCGUGGGCUACUAUGAUCUGAGCGCCCCACCAGCACACCUCCCGAUACACGCGACGUGCUUUCGCUCAGUGACACCCUCCUCGCUGAAGUACAGCCCUUUCCGGCUCUUCGUCUCGAUUCUCCGUCCGGAUCUGCUCCCUGCCGACCCGAGCAUCCGGCAAAUGGUCCAGACCUCGAUACGCUCUCGGAAACUAUUCCCUCCAGAGGUGGCCCAGUUGGUGGCCCAAGCAGCCUUGCACAAUCAUCAGCUACCGAGACAUUCAGCCGAACAGCUCAUCAAGCUCGCCAUCCCGUCGUUCGCCUUCCACGCGCGAUCCGCCCUGACUUCGAGCGAAUACGCCCUGCUCGCCAAGUCAUCCCUCCUUCUAGCCGACAUCGUCGCGUUUCCCAAUCCACACAUCAACCACUUGACCCCGCGAACCUUGGAUAUCGACGCCGUUCAGGAUGCUCUUGUGGCAGACCCGACGUUUGAGGCCAAGGCUGGUGGUAUAGAGGGCCCGCCUCCGAGCAAGUGUCCCAUCUUGCUCCGGCAGACAAGCUUUUGUGCUGUCGAAGAGACCGUCCCCUUCAGUGAUGGCACGAUCGGGAAACAUGCCGCACGCUUCGGGGAGAUUGAACAACGCGGCGCUGCCGUCACGCCCGCAGGUCGGGCUCUGUAUGACAAGAUGUUGGCCUCCAACUCGUGGGGUGCCUUGCUAGAUAAGGACUGGGAGGCUUUGAGAACCUCGGGCCUCAUAUGGGUGCAGUAUCGACCCGUUCCUGGAGCGCAGAAAGACAAUGUCGUAGUGUCACAACCUGAAGGAGAGACGCUACUACCGACAAUUGAUCAAGUCAUCUCCCAGCUUCUUGCUGAUGGGAAGUUAUUCUACGCCCAUCAAAUCUAUGAGGACUUCCUCCCUUUGUCUGCCGCCGGCAUCUUCCAGAGCAAUCUUGGUACAAGCAGUCAUCGAGAUACUAGUCUGUGCACGGCCUCAUCACCAACGCCUGGCGGUCCAGUUACAGGUAGAGAACAGCUGCAGGAUGUCCUGGCCAGAGCCGGAGCUGUACUGAGAGAUGAGAUGGAAGUGUACAAGUCGGUCGAGGAGCAGAGUAAAAGAGAAUGCGUGGAACUGUUUGGGAUCAAGACCAGAGAUUGA